AUGGACGUAUUACGCGAGGCAGAGAAUAAACCACUUUCUAAGUUGUCCUCCUUCAGUUACAUUCCUCCAAGACGGAAGGAGCCCAAAGAAAUGUCGUAUUUUAACCGAGAAACCGAGGCACCAGAGGUCUAUAUGUAUGACCAAGUGUUCCACCAGGCGGAGGGAUACGACAUGAGACUGCACCGAGACGACAGAGGACACAGCAAAGGAAGAGGACUGAACAUAUAUGAGGAGGAGAAGUCCAGAGUGGUACCGGUGCGAUCCUCCUCAGAAUACGGCCACCGCACCACCCUCGCCCUCUACCAGACGGGACGGCAACAUGCACGCGUCGCCUGCACUAAAGCUGAAUUUUUCAUGAAAAAUGGGAUUAUCUGGAACGUUGCAGAAGGAUACGGAUCAGUGACCCCUUUCUGAGAGGCUCAAGUAUUACUGCAUGAGAUUAAAGUGUUUGUUCUGUUGGAGAAACCACAGCCUAU